AUAGCCAAUCAACAUCUGUGGAUGAGUCAAGACGGAGAUUUAUCCGAUAUAUGAUUGUGGAAUAACAGGAGGAUUAUAGGAAUCAAUACAGAUAAAGGAAUACUUUUUUGUGUUUUGUGUUUCUGAGGAAUACUAAAGAUUCAGUCUGGAUGGUGAAGACCUUCAGCUCUUCAGAAACACAAUGAAGGCUCUGCUGGUGUCUCUGCUGGGGUUUAAUCUGGUUAUAGUCAUGGGGCACUGGUGUGAGCAGGUGGUCGAGGAGCAGGUGGAGAGACUGGUUUCUCCCCGUCAGCAGCAGGAGGUGGACUGCUCCUCUGUUUAUCAGUUCAACACUCAGGGCUGGAGGCUGGAUGUGGAGCGCAUGCGGCACGAACACGGAGGAGACGACGGCAUCGCUCGAUAUUACCAGAGACAAGGCCCUAAAGCUGCCUGCUACAUAUUCAAACCUCCUGACAUCGAGACAGAGGUGGUGAACCGGACAGUCAGGCAGUGUUGUGAAGGCUGGACUGGACCACACUGCACACAGGGUGUGAGUGUUCGCGGUCAGUGUUUCUCCACCUGGACGUGUGAGGAGUUUCCGGGGGUCCAGAACUCGUCUCUGAUGGCGCUGGAGCAGUGCUGCGGUCACCUGUGGGCUCUGAGCUGGAGGAACGCCUCCGACCACACCUGUCUGUCCUGCACAUACACACUCCUGCCAGAUGUGGGUUCGUCCCCAGUGGUCCGCGGUGGGCUGUUACGGGGUGUCCGUGACCCGCAGGCCUCCUCCACCUGUAUGAGCUGGAGCGGGACACACUUCCGCACCUUCGACCGCAAACACUUCCACUUCCAGGGCAGCUGCACGUACCUGCUGGCUUCAUCCACUGACGGGACGUGGGCUGUGUACAUCAGCACAGUGUGUGAGACCAGCGGACGCUGCAGGAAGGAUCUGCGGAUGAUGUUGGGUCUCGGCUUGGUUUCUAUUCAUAAAGACAACAUGACUGUUAAUGGUUUAGCUGUACCUCAGGGAGAACCGCUCUUUCAGAAUGGAGUCAGUGUUCAUUGGCUGGGGGAUUUUGUGUUUGUGGAGAGUGGUUUGGGCGUCAGACUGAAGUUUGACAUGGAGAACACCAUCUAUCUGACAGUUACUGCAGAACACCUCACAAACACUAGAGGACUUUGUGGAGUUUAUAACAACAAUCCUGAUGAUGACUUCACUACCAGCACUGGAAGUGUGUCUCAGUACGCUGCCAGCUUUGGAAACUCAUGGCGCGUACAAGAUCAACAACAAAGCCAGGUGUGCAGUGAUGCUGCUGAAUUGGGCCACAGCUGUGAUCUGUCCAAUGAUGUUUCUCUACGGAGAGAUGCAGAAUCAGCCUGUCAUCUUCUGAAAGAGACUCCGUUCUCUCACUGCCAUCAUCAGGUGGAUCCCGGGCCGUAUAUUGACACCUGCCUGUAUCUGUUCUGCAGUUUGGAGGUAAAAGACAGAGAUACUGCUGUGUGUGACACACUAGCGAGCUACGUGCGCGAGUGUGCUCAACAACACAUCAUUAUCAGCUGGAGGAGAAGAGGAUUUUGUGAGCGUGUGUGUCCUCGAGGUCAGGUGUUUUCUGACUGCGUGUCCUCCUGUCCGGCCACAUGUGCGUCUCCUCGACCUCCAGCAGCGGGUCAGUGUCGGGACGAGUGUGUGGGGGGAUGUGAGUGUCCUCAGGGUGUGUAUCUACACGCGGGACAGUGUGUGAGGCGGGAUGACUGCCCCUGCUUCCACAGACGACACUCCUACAGCGCAGGACAAACCAUCAGACAGAGAUGCAACACCUGUGUGUGUCGUGCCGGGCAGUGGGAGUGUUCUACAGAGAAGUGUGAAGCUCAGUGCUCUGUGUUAGGAGCCAUGCACAUCACCACCUUUGACCAGAAGAGAUACGGCCUGCAGACUGCAGACUGCCGCUUUACUGCUGUAGAGGACUUUGUGGAUAAGAAGCUCAGCAUCAUCAUCGGUGCAGGGCCGUGUGCUGGGGGAGAAGCUGGAUGUCUGAGAGAGAUGAGCAUCACUGCGCUACACACCACACUCACUGUCACUGAUGCAGGCUCAGUGCUGGUGAACGGGCACAGGAAUCCUCUGCCGGUGGUCACAGGAGAUCUGCUGGUCAGGCGAGCGUCCUCUAGUGUCCUGCUGAUUCAGGCGUUCGGUGCUCAGCUGAUGUGGCAUCUGGACGGGCCUUUAUUAUUCAUCACCCUGCAGCCUGGCUUCGCUCAUAAGGUUCGAGGGUUGUGUGGCACUCUGAGCUGGAGUCAGCAUGAUGAUUUCACCACUCCUGAAGGUGAUGUGGAGAACAGCGCCGCCUCUUUUGCUGCCAAAUUCAUAGUGGGCUCCUGUCCUGCACCCUCAGCGAUGACGUCUGACCCCUGCGGGACGCUGACCCAGCGCAGACAGCUGGCAGAGAGAGUGUGUUCAGUCAUCCACAGCAAUGUCUUUCAGGCGUGUCAUGAUGUGGUGGACAGAGAGCCGUUCAUGCGUCUGUGUGUCAGUGAAGUGUGCAGCUGCGGCCCGCAGGCAUCCUGCCAUUGCUCCGUCCUCACCGCAUACGCCACACACUGUGCUCAAGAGGGGGCGCUGCUGAGCUGGAGGAAUCACACAUUCUGCCCGGUGCAGUGCUCUGGGGGUCAGGUGUAUCAGGAGUGCGGGCGUCUGUGCGGGACGUCCUGUGCUGAUCUGUGGGACGGCUGGAGCUGUGAGCCGGACGAGGGCAGCAGGGUGUGUGUUUCGGGUUGUCAGUGUCCUGAUGGACUGGCGCAGGACGCUCAGGGUCAGUGUGUGCCCGUCCACAUGUGCCCCUGUAAGAGCGGAGACACUCUCCAUCCCGCCGGCAGCUCCAUAAACAACAACUGCAACACCUGUGUUUGUGCUCGUGGAGUGUGGAACUGCACUGAUCUCUCGUGUCCAGAGCUCAAUCAGUGUCCAGGAUCUCUGAUCUUCUCUCCUCGCUCCUGUCUGAGGACCUGCUCAAGUCCAAACUCUCCUCUGGAUGCCUGUACUGAACCCAUCCAUGGCUGCAUCUGUCCGGAGGGCACUGUACUACUGGGUGAUCAGUGUGUGAAGCCAGAUGAGUGUCCAUGCCAUCACAAUGGCAGACUUUAUUUCACCAAUGACACCAUCUCUAAAGACUGCAACACAUGUGUUUGUCGAGAGCAGCGUUGGCACUGCGGUCAGGCAUUGUGUUCAGGCACCUGUGUGGCCACUGGUGACCCGCACUACAUCACAUUUGACGGUCGUCAUUACUCCUUUCUGGGGGACUGUGAGUACGUUCUGGUCCAGGAGAGCAGCGGUUUGUUCAGUGUCAGUGCAGAGAACGUUCCCUGCGGGAGUACUGGAGUGACCUGCACUAAAUCAGUCACUCUGACCAUCGGGAACACAGCCAUACACCUGCUGAGAGGUAAAGCUGUGACUGUUAAUGGGAUUCCAGUCACUCUUCCAAAGUCAUACUCUGGCAGUGGCCUGAUUCUGGAGCGGGUUGGGUUAUUUGUGUCUCUUUCCUCUCGACUCGGAGUCACUUUGCUCUGGGAUGGAGGUAUGCGUGUUUACGUCCGACUGAUGCCACAUUUGCACGGACGAGUUGGAGGACUGUGUGGAAAUUUUGAUGGAGAUGCAGAAAACGACUUCACUACGAGACAAGGCAUCAUGGAGUCCACUCCAGAGCUGUUCGGAAACUCCUGGAAGAUCAGCCCUUCAUGUCCUGAUGUGGCAGACCAGGAUCUCAGAGACCCCUGUUUUAUUAAUCCUCACCGUGUGACGUGGGCCAAAAAGAAGUGUGCAGUGAUCAAUCAGGAGAUCUUUAGCUCGUGUCAUUCAGAAGUGCCGUACCAGCAGUACUACGACUGGUGUGUGUUUGAUGCCUGCGGGUGUGACUCUGGUGGCGAUUGUGAGUGUUUGUGUACUGCUGUAGCUGCGUAUGCAGAGGAGUGUAACCGCAGAGGAGUGUAUGUGCGCUGGAGGUCACAAGAACUCUGCCCGCUGCAGUGUGAGAACGGUUUGGUUUAUGAGGCUUGUGGUGCUGCCUGUUCUCCAGCGUGUCCCAGCACUCCUUCUCUCUCUGAUAGCCUGUGCAGCGCCCUCUCCUGUGUGGAGGGCUGUUUCUGUCCUCAAGGCACCGUUUACCACGACGACGCAUGUAUUUCUCCAUCUCAGUGUCCAUGUGAGUGGGACGGCUCUGUGUUUCCAGCAGGAGCGAUGGUCACUCAACAUUGUCAGAACUGGUCUGUUUACAGUCUCUUUAUCAUCCUGAAUAUUACACACUGCACAAGGUUCAGUAGUGAAGUGUUCACUGCGCUCUUGCAUUAUGGUCUUAAUGUCUCCAUCCGCAGCUCUUGCUCUGCUGGUUUGUGGCAGUGUGUUGGAUCUCCGUGUCCUCCUCCGUCUCCCUGUAAGGACUCAGAGUUUCGCUGUUCUGGUGGAUCUGAGCGCUGUAUUCCUGCAGUGUGGGUCUGUGAUAAUGAAGACGACUGCGGGGACGGUUCUGAUGAGGUCUGUCCAAUCACCUGUCCUCCUGAACACUUCCGCUGCUCUGGCGGAGCAUGUUUACCUGUGGAGCUCAGGUGUGAUGGACAUCCAGACUGCGCCGACCAAUCAGACGAGGACUUCUGUCCUCCGAGCACACCUGAGUCUGGCUGUCCCUCCGGAGAGUUCAGAUGUGCAAAUGGACGCUGUGUGCCGGGGCAUAAAGUCUGUGAUGGGAGGAUGGAUUGUGGAUUUGCUGAUGACUCUGAUGAAUAUGACUGUGGCGUGGUGUGUCGGCAGGAGGAGUUUCGCUGUUCCUCCGGUCGCUGUGUGCUGUUUCUGCACCGCUGUGAUGGUCACGAUGACUGCGGAGAUUACAGUGAUGAGCGAGGGUGUGUGUGUGCUCUCGGAGAGCUCCAGUGUCCGGGAGAUCAGUGUGUGUCUGCAGAGAGAGUGUGUGAUGGAAACAGAGACUGUCCAUCCGGCAUCGAUGAGCUCAUCUGUCCUGCCAAAGGAUGCAGUCAGUUUGAGUUCGGCUGCACCAGUGGUCAGUGUGUGCCGCUAGCGUGGCGCUGUGAUGGAGAGACAGACUGUCUGGACGGCAGUGAUGAGAAACGCUGUUCCCGCACUUGUCAAUCUGACCAGUUCCUCUGCCAGAGCGGAGACCAGUGCGUCCAGUACCAGCAGCUCUGUGACGGGACGCCAAACUGUAGAGAUGCCUCCGACGAGAGCCUGGACAACUGCGGAUCCACACGGAUUCCUCCCUGUCCUGGCAGCUUCUCGUGUGAUAAUCGCACAUGUGUGAACGCUUCACGUGUGUGUAACGGCAUUCCCGACUGCCCGAAAGGAGAGGACGAGAUCCUCUGUGAUAAGGUGAGACCCUCCGCAGCGCCCCCAAGUGAAGGAAACAUCAGUCGCAUCUGUCCAGAGUUCACCUGUGCUGACGGAUCCUGCGUUCCCUUUAAUACGAUGUGUAAUGGAGUAUCAGACUGUCCCGGGACGGAGGCUUCAGAUGAGUCUGGCUGUGGGGUUUGGGGUCCUUGGGGCCCCUGGAGCGCCUGCAGUCGGAGCUGUGGAUCGGGAAUCAUGAGCCGACAGAGAAGCUGCAGUCCGGGGCUUUCAGACUGUAGAGGACACAAAAAACAACGCCAGCAGUGCUACUCCACCGCCUGUGCCGUGGAUGGCUACUGGUCACCGUGGUCAACAUGGUCAAACUGCAGUAAAAGCUGUGGUGGUGUUGAAAUCCGUCAGAGAGAGUGUUUUCCACCGCAGAACGGUGGUAGAAGCUGUGCAGAUCUACCUGGAGAAACUAACAUGACCACCGAUAUCAGGCCGUGUGCUCAGGAUUGCUCUGAUGUCUCCUGUCCUGCUGGUUUGGUCAGUCACACCUGUGCUUCGUGCCCCUUGACCUGCGCUCAUGUAUCCGGGACCGCGACCUGUGACCCUGACUCAAAGUGCUUCGCAGGCUGCUGGUGUCCUGAAGGGAAGGUGAUGAAUGCGGAUCAUCAGUGUGUUCCUCCAGAGGAGUGUGUGUGUGAGGUGUCUGGCGUACGCUACUGGCCCGGUCAGCAGGUCAAAGUGGGCUGUGACAUCUGUGUGUGUGAGAGAGGCAGAACCCAGCACUGCCAGCCUAAUCCAGAGUGCUCAGUUCACUGCGGCUGGUCCUCCUGGUCUCUCUGGGGUGAGUGUUUGGGUCCAUGUGGAGUUCAGAGUGUCCAGUGGUCUUUCCGAAGCCCAAAUAAUCCCACAAAACACGGAAACGGCCGUCAGUGUCGAGGAAUUUACCGGAAAGCCCGACGCUGUCAGACAGAGCCGUGCAGUGAGUGUGAGUAUUUGGGACAUACAUAUGCAGUGGGCGAGCGCUGGAAAGGAGGUCAGUGCCAGCUGUGCCAGUGUUUGCCCAACCUCACUGUACAGUGUGGCCCAUACUGCCCAUAUGCUGCCACUGGAUGCCCACAGGGUCAUAUUCUAACUCCAGCAGAAGGAGACGAGUGCUGCCAUUGUGAGGAGAGACGUAAUGGUUCCACUAUUACGACGACUACGCCAAUGAUCCUGCCAAUAACACUCGAACCCUCCAGACCACCAGAGGGCCCUCCAACAGUGCCCACAUACCCUCUACCACCCGGAGAUGAGUGUUGGUCAGCUCUGGGUGUUCAGUCGCUCCCUGCUGUCAGCUUCAGCUCCUCAUCCCACCAGGCCGGUCACCCUCCGUCUGCUGGACGUCUGAACACUGGAGACCCUCACCGAGACCUGCAGGGCUGGAGCCCGGAACCGGAGCAGUACAAAGAGCUCCCGCACGGGACGCCAGAGGACACCAGACACCCCUCACACGGCCCGUACCUGCAGAUAGACCUGCUCACACAACACAACAUCACAGGUGUGUUGACGCAGGGUGGUGGUGUGUUUGACACAUUUGUGUCCAGCUUUUAUCUGCAGUUCAGCAGUGACGGCCUUCAGUGGUCCACGUAUAAAGAGAUGAUCACCGACGCCAGGCCCAAAGCAAAGGUGUUUCAGGGAAACAGUGAUGACCGCGGUGUAUCUCUGGCCCGUCUGGACCGGAUGGUGUCAGCUCGGUUCAUCAGGAUUCUCCCUCAUGAUUUCCAGAAUGGGAUAUAUCUGAGAGUGGAAAUCAUGGGAUGCCCUGACGGCACUGGUCCUGGUGCUGUGUGUCCGCCGGGACAUUUCCUCUGUCCUGCACCUCCUCCAGGACUCUGCAUUGAGGAGAAGCUCCUCUGCGAUGGAGUUCCUCACUGUCCUGAUGGAGCGGAUGAGAGAGACUGUAAACACACUAACAUUAGCCACAUCACCCCGACUGCUGCUGCGCUCAGGACACCCAGCAAAAUCAGGACCACACCGACCCUUCUGACCACCACUGAAGGAGGACCAAGUCAAAAAGGUGUGUGCGCUUCUGCUCUGGGAUUGGAGGAUGGGCGUGUCCAUUACGGUCAGCUGACCUCGUCCUCUUACAGAGAGAAUAACCCUGCUGAUGCGGGGCGACUCAACGUAGUGCCCAAUGUGAUGGUGAUGGAGCCAGGAUGGAGUCCAUUACCUGCAGAUCCUCAUCCAUAUUUCCAGGUGGACUUCCUGGAGCCCACAUGGGUUUCCGGUGUGGUGACGCAGGGCAGUGAACGCAUGUGGGGUUACUUGACCAAAUACAGACUGGCCUUCGCUCUGGUGGAAAAUCAGUUCAUCAACUUUACUGAGAGCGGAGACACAGACGCUCCUCCAAAGAUGUUUGAGGUGAGGAUGGUCAGUCGGACUCCUGUCACCCGCUGGCUGCCCCGGCUGGUCAGAGCUCGAUUUCUCCGCAUCAUUCCUGUAGAGUUUCGACACACUUUCUACCUGCGCGUCGAAGUCCUGGGAUGUAGAGGAGGUAGAUGUGUUGUCUGGUUGGUCACACCCAGUAGUUUAGUGACCACAGUGCCACCUGGUGUUCCAGGAGUGCAGAACUACACUGAACCAGCAGGACGUCCUGGAUAUCACAACUACACCUCUGGAGCUCCAGGACUCCAGACCAAGAGUCCACAGGACGGCAGACCCGGUGUUGCAACACCAACCGGAGGACCAGACCUUCAUAUUAUUACACCUACAGCCACAGCAUUCUGGGAUGCAUCUACACCAUAUGAUGAGUUACCCAGGGUUGAGUGUGUGGAGGGUCAGUUCAGCUGCCGGACAUUCGGCUGUGUGGAAGAUGAACUCGUGUGUGACGGGCAUGAAGACUGUCCUGACGGAUCAGAUGAACUUCACUGUGGGUCAGCGUCUCCUCCUCCAGGACGGGUCUCUCCCUCUCAGCGCCCUCUGCUGCCCAAGCUCUGCUCCUCCAAGCAGUGGAGCUGCUGGAGUGGAGAGUGUGUGAGUUUGGACAGGAGGUGUGAUCUACACUCAGACUGUGCUGACGGAUCAGACGAGAACGACUGCUACGACUGUAUUCUGUCCUCCUGGGCGUCCUGGAGUCAGUGCAGUGUCUCGUGUGGUUUGGGCUCAAUCUUUCGCCAGAAGAACAUCCUGAGAGACGCUCGACCCGGAGGAUCCUGUGGAGGAGCUCAGUUCGACAGCAGACCCUGUUUCCUGCAGGCCUGUCCUGUGUCCGGUCAGUGGUCAGAGUGGACGCAGUGGUCCGGCUGUGACGUCCCGUGUGCUGGAGGCCUGAUGGUCAGAAACAGGACCUGCUCCAAUCCUCCUCCCAAAAAUGGCGGUCGUGACUGUGAAGGGAUGAGCAGACAAACACACACCUGUAACACACAGUCCUGCGGCUCCGACACAGACACACAGAGCGGCUGCACUGGAGGAAUGAUCCUGAUGGACGAGUCUGACUGUUUGGCAGGAAAAUUCAGCCCGUGUCCCCUGACCUGCUCUGACCUUCAUUCAGAGAGAAACUGCACAUUAAACUGCACUGCAGGAUGUCAUUGCCCUCCUGGGCUCUUCCUCCAGUCUGGCCGGUGUGUGAAUGUCAGUGAAUGUGAAUGUUUCUGGAACGGGUCGCUCAUUCAGCCGGGUCAGGACGUCAGUAACUCCAGCUGCAGCUCCUGUGUGUGUAAAGAUGGGCGUGUCCUAUGUGAUGAGUCCAGCUGUGUCGCUCGAUGUGAUUGGUCGGCCUGGUCUUCGUGGACAUCAUGUGACAGCAGCUGCGGGACAGGAGUACAGCACCGCUACAGGUCUCCUCUGAGUGCAGUGGGAGCACUGCAUGUGGAGCCGUGUGAAGGAGACUCCACUGAAGCCAGACGCUGCUCUGUUCCCUGCACAGACGGUGCUGAUGGAGCGCAGUGGAGCGACUGGACACACUGGUCUGAGUGCAGUAAGACGUGUUUUCAUCACGUGGAUGCUGUGGGUAUGAGGAAACGCUUCAGGAGCUGUAAUCACACACACACCUGUGCAGGAGAUGCAGACGAGCAGGAGCCCUGCAACACACUGCACUGCCCUGUGAAUGGAGGCUGGUCGUCCUGGUCCAGCUGGUCUGAUUGUUCGUCUGACUGUGACUCCGGUGUUCAGACGAGUGAGCGGUUCUGCAGUUUCCCACCGCCACUGUACGGAGGUCUCGUCUGUCCUGGUCCACACAUGCAGACACGAGACUGCAACGUCCAACCCUGCACUGGUGUGUGUCCGGAUGGUAUGACGUUCCUAUGGAAGCAUCAGUGUGAGGCUCAGGGUGGCGCAUGUCCGCGAGUGUGUCUGGAUGCCAUGGCAGAUGUGCAGUGUGCGUCUGAGUGUUAUGAUGGAUGCUACUGUUCUCCAGGUUUCUAUCUGUUUAAUAAGAGCUGUGUGCAUCUCCAGUUUUGUCCCUGUGUCCACCAGGGGGCGCUACUGAUGCCUGGAGACUCUGUACCGCGAGACAGCUGCAAUAACUGCACGUGUGUUAAUGGAGAGAUGCAGUGUGGAGAAGAGCCCUGCCCUGUGCAUUGCGGGUGGAGUGAAUGGACCAGCUGGAGCGCGUGCAGUAGGACGUGUGACGUGGGCAUUAGACGCCGCUAUCGCUCGGGAACCAAUCCAGCGCCAGCAUUUGGGGGUCGGGUCUGUGAGGGCGAACGCAUCGGGCUGGACACGUGCAGCGUUACACCGUGCUUCGGAGUGAAGGGGCCGUGGAGCCGCUGGUCUGAGUGUUCGGUGUCCUGCGGCGGAGGCUACAGGAGCAGAACGAGAGGACCAAUCAGGAGCCACGGCACACAGCAGCAGUUCAGUGCCUGCAACCUGCAACCCUGCGGUAACAGAAGUGGGUGUUCAGGCGGUCAGCAGUGGUCAGUGUGUGUCAGAGAGCAGCUGCUGUGCUCAGAUUUGGGGACGGAGGCUCAAAAAGAUGCGCACUGCCACCCGGGAUGCCAGUGUCCUGAAGGAUCUGCUCUACAGGAUGGCGAGUGUGUGCCUGUUUCGCUCUGUCACUGUCAUGUAAAUGGAGAGCAGCACAAACCCAGAGCCACCGUCAACAAAGACUGCAACAACUGCACGUGUGAAUCAGGAAAGCUGGUCAACUGUACCAGUGUGGAUUGUGAUGUGGACGGUGGCUGGUCAUCUUGGACCCCGUGGGGUGUGUGUUCAGUAUCAUGUGGUGUGGGUCUUCAGUCUCGGUAUCGCUUCUGCUCUGACCCGGAGCCUGCUGGAGCUGGUUUACCAUGCACUGGAGCCCAUCGAGACGACAGAGUGUGCGCUUCAACACCCUGCAGCCGAGACGGUGGCUGGAGCGACUGGUCCUCCUGGACAGACUGCAGCAAGUCGUGUGGUGGAGGAGUGAAGAGUCGCAGAAGAGACUGCGAUAGACCAAUCAGGACAGCCGAUGGGGACCAGUGUGAAGGACUGGACACUGAGGUCACACUCUGUAACACACAGCACUGUGCAGUGUCAUCUUGUUCACACGUCUCUGGAAGUGUGUUCAGUGCCUGCGGACCCUCAUGUCCACGAUCAUGUGACGACCUCACUUUCUGUGAGUGGCGCUGUGAGCCGGGCUGUUACUGCACUGAUGGUAAAGUUCUGACCUCAAAUGGGACGGAGUGUGUGGAGCAAGACUCGUGUCCCUGUCUGGACCUCAACACUGGAGAACGAGUCCAACCCGGAGACACCGUCCCGACUCCAGACGCCUGCAACAACUGCACAUGUGAAGGAGGCAGACUGUCCUGCACUGAUCAUCCAUGUCCAGUGGAUGGAGACUGGUGUCAGUGGUCUGCCUGGACACCCUGCUCUAAGACCUGUGGGCUGGAGUGGGUGUCACGCUACAGGAGCUGCUCCUGUCCCGAACCCAUGUCUGGAGGAGCUCCCUGUGCAGACCAGCAGGAGGAGCACGCCGGGCUGGGGGUCCAGAUCCAGAGACAGCCCUGCCCAUCCAUCUCCUACUGUCCCGUUGACGGUUCGUGGGGCUCCUGGAGCUCGUGGUCAGAGUGUGACGCAUGCGCGGGUGUCUCAGUCAGACAGAGGCAGUGUCACAGUCCUCCAGCGCGCUUUGGAGGUCUGCCCUGCAUGGGGGAGAGUCUGCAGAGUCGCGCGUGUCAUGAUAACACCACCGUCUGCUCAGACUGUGGAGGGGGCCAGCAGGAGUGGGUGUGUGGGAAACCGUGUCCUCGCUCCUGCUCCGAUCUUCACGGAGAUACGGAGUGUGUGGACGAUCCAGAAUCCUGCAGCCUUAGCUGUGGAUGUCCAGGACACACACUGCUGCAAGACGGAGUGUGUGUGGAGCCAGAGAUGUGCCGCUGUAAAUACCACAACACCAGCAUCAGCGCAGUAUCAGACUCGGGCAAUGUCUCCUGGUCAUGGAGCGACGCAUCAGACUGGCAGAUCACAGAACCAGGAGAAACCAUCAGCAGCCACUGCCACAACUGUACAUGUGAAGCAGGAGUCCUGCAGUGUGAUUCAGUUCCUGGUUGCCAUGUUGAUGGUGGAUGGAGCCAAUGGGGUGCCUGGUCUGAUUGCUCCGCCCAGUGUGGAGGCGGGGUUAAGUUGAGGGAUCGUCAGUGUGAUAACCCCACCCCUCAGAGCGGCGGGAGACAGUGUGCAGGAUCAGAGCGACAGCAGAAACACUGCAACACACACAACUGCACAGACUCUGGCCCGUGGCUGCAGUGGUCCAGGUGGUCUGCCUGCACCGUCAGCUGUGGUGGAGGCUCUCAGAGCCGCAGUCGUUCCUGUUCCACACCUCCAUGUUUAGGAAAGAGACGGCAGAGCAAGACCUGUAACACACAAGUGUGUCUGGAGGUGGGCUGUCCUCCCGGGCGUCUGUACCGUGAGUGUGAGCAUGGCGAGGGCUGUCCGUUCAGCUGUUCUCAGGUCAGUGGUCUGGAGGGCUGUUAUUCAGAGGGCUGUGAUGAAGGCUGCCACUGUCCACCAAACACCUUCCAGCACAACGGAUCCUGCGUCUCUGAAUGUCCGUGUGUGGUGGACUCUGACCUCUUGACCUCUCUACAAAGUGUGUUGGAGACCCCUGAUGUGACCUUUGACAUCCACAACAUCACACUAGGCUCAGAGCUGAUGUCCGGAGAGGAGCUCAUGCUGGAGUGCAGCUCAUGCUCCUGUGAGCAUGGUGUGUGGAACUGCACUCUGCUGCCGUGUCCCCGUGACGGAGGCCUGUCCGCCUGGGGCCCCUGGAGCUCCUGCUCUCUUAGCUGUGGAGGUCUGGGUCAGAGGAGCCGUAGCCGGAGCUGUGAGGAGCCUAGACCUGCUCACGGGGGCCGAGACUGUGAGGGUCCGCUGCUGGACACGGCCUACUGCCAGACCCCAGACUGCCCACGUGUAACAGUUCCAACGGAGGAGCCAUCUUUACCAGAUGAGGAUGCUGGAUUCUCUCAGUGGUCGGCGUGGAGCUCAUGCUCCAGAAGCUGUGCGGAUCCAGGUUCUCCUGGUGUGAAGUUUCGUCAGAGGGAGUGCGUUGUUGAGCUCUGCUCUGGAGAAACUGGACAGGAGAGAGUCUGCAACCUGCCUCAGUGUCCCGAUGCAGGUGUGUGUCAGGGCUUAGACUGCGCUCAGAGGAACUGCUCCUGGAUGGCGUGGAGUGACUGGAGUGUGUGUUCUCGCUCCUGUGGUGUCGGGCAGCAGCAGCGUAUCCGCACCUUCAUCGCUCCGGGACUCAACGGAUCCUGGUGUCCGGAUAUCCUGAGCGGAAAUACAGAGACACGCUUUUGUAACAUCAGAGCCUGCCGUGUGGACGGAGGCUGGUCUCGCUGGAGCUCGUGGUCUCGCUGUGAUAAAGGCUGUGGUGGCGGUCGCUCCAUCAGGACCCGCUCCUGCUCCAGUCCUCCACCAAAAAAUGGAGGCAGCAAAUGUGCAGGAGAGAAGAACCAGGUCAAACCCUGCAACACCAAACCCUGCGGUGAUCGGGGCUGUCCAGCGGGGCAGGAGUUUGUGUCCUGCUCUAAUGAAUGUCCUCAGCGCUGCUCAGACCUGCAGCAGGGCAUCCAGUGCCACACAAACACUGAGUGCCAGCCGGGCUGCCGCUGCCCACACGGUCAGCUGCUGCAGGACGGUGUGUGUGUUCAGACGUGGCAGUGUGAUUGUGUUGAUGCGUCUGGUCAGGUGUGGGCGUCGGGCAGCUCUCAUCAGCAGGACUGUAACACCUGCAGCUGCACAGACGCUCAGAUCACCUGCAGCAAUCACACCUGUGCGGAAGAGAAGAGCAGCUGCACCUGGAGCUCCUGGUCCACGUGGGCCUCCUGCAGCUCCUCCUGCGGCCCGGGACAGAGGACCCGCUUCAGAUCUCUGGUCCCGGAGGCUGAGGGUUCCAGCUGUCAGUUUGAGGAGGUUCAGCACAAACCUUGUGAUCCGGGUCCUUGUCCGCCUCUGUGUGUUCAUAAGAACCGAGAACUGUCUGUCGGAGACACCUGGACCGAUGGAGAAUGCAAACAAUGCACCUGUAUCCCUGAAGGAGAAUACUGCCAGGAUAUUGACUGUCAAGUGGAUGGUGGUUGGACCCCGUGGUCAGUGUGGUCCUCCUGUCCUGUUUCCUGUGGAAAGAGUAAACAGAUUCGAACCCGCGCCUGCAUCAACCCUCCACCCCGAAACAACGGCUCACACUGUACAGGACCUGAAAGAGACACCCGGGACUGCCAUUCUGGACCCUGCCUGGAUGACCUCUGCCCCUGGUCGACCUGGUCACGGUGUUCAGUCAGCUGUGGGGCGGGUCUGAUGUCCAGACGCAGACAGUGUGUAUGUGAUGAAGACGAGCAGGACUGUCCAUCAGACGUCCAGAGAGAUGAAGAGCAGACGCAGAUGUGCUAUAAGAGAGCCUGUCCAGUGUGUCCAAUGUCGGAGUGGAGUGUGUGGAGCGAGUGUUUAUGCAACUCACAGUUUGAGCUGCGGGUUCGAGUGCCGCUGGUUUUGUCCACCGGGGGGCAACGCUGCACUGAUGUGGAGAAACAGAGUCGACCCUGCAGACCCCAAAACUGCAAAGACUGUGAGAAACCCUUUGUGUUUUCUGAAUGUGGAUCUCCAUGUGAGAAACACUGUGAUCUGAUGGGGAAAGCAGACGCAUGCAUGUCCAGUCAGAACUGCACACCCGGCUGCUACUGCCCUGUGGGUCUGGUGCAGCAGAACGGUUCGUGUGUGCGGCCGGAUCAGUGUGGUUGUGUUCAUCUGCUCCUCCAGGAUUCACACAAACCUGUGACCGUCACUGUCCCGCAGGGGGCGCUGCUCACCACCGGCUGCAGGACAUGUCUCUGUCAUGACGGCUCUCUGCAGUGUGAUCUACGGGAAUGUGAAGUGGUGGUCAGCGAGUGGUCCUCCUGGAGCUCCUGUUCUCCGUGUGUGGAUCUGCGGUCGGUGCAGCGCAGGUUUCGGGCGUGUCUGCAUGUGGAGUCGGGUGAGCCGGUCAGCGGGAGUCAGUGUGAUGAAGAGCUGGAGGAGGAGAGAGACUGUCCACAUGCUGACGUCUGCAGAGAUGUGUGUGACUGGAGCUCGUGGAGCAGAUGGAGUGUGUGUAAAGAGCCCUGCAGUGGAGGAUUCAGACACAGAGAGAGACGACCUCUGACCUCUGACCCCAAACCACACUGUGCAGACCUGCAGAGCCAGAGUCAGAGCUGCAACACGGCCCUCUGCCCCGGUGAGCAUUGUGAGGACAGGGGGCGUGUCUUUGAUGGCUCCUGUGCCAAUCAGUGUCCUCGCAGCUGUGCAGAUCUGUGGGACCAUGUGCAGUGUCUACAGGGCGUCUGUCAUCCAGGCUGCCGGUGUCCGCCUGGUCAGCUCCUGCAGGAUGGAAGCUGUGUGCCGGUGGAUGAGUGUCGCUGUGGGCUCCCGAUGCAGAACGGGACACUGGAGAUCCGGCCUGGAGAAAACAUCACCCUCAGCUGCAACACCUGUGUGUGUGUGAACGGCUCUCUGGUGUGUACGGAUCAUGUGUGUCCGCUGUACGGCUCAUGGGGAUCGUGGAGUGUGUGUUCGGUGUCGUGCGGGACAGGUCAGAGGACACGUGUGCGCUCCUGCACACACACCAGUGUAGGAUUAAGCUGUACACACACCAUCCAGUCCCAGAACUGCUCACUGAGCACCUGUCCAGCUGGCUGUGUGUUGAGCGAGUGGUCAUCCUGGAGCGACUGCAGCGCCUCAUGUGGUGGAGGAGUGUCACUGCGCAGAAAAACUGUCCUACAGGAACCCGAAGCUGGGGGUGUGAGCUGCUCCGGACCCCUCGAACAGCACACCGCCUGCAAUACUAACAGCUGCCUGCCUGGUUGUCCUGCUGGUCAGAUCUUCAGCUCGUGUGCUGGAUCAUGUCCCUUCAGCUGUGAGGAUCUGUGGCCGGAAAACCAGUGUGUGCCGCUGGACUGCAGUGCUGGGUGCAGAUGCCCGUCUGGAGAGGUGAUGCUCAACGGGACGUGUGUUUCUCAAUCCCAGUGUCCGUGUUCAGUGUUCUCGCUCCUGCUGGAGUCUACAAACAGCACUCUGGAUUUCCAGGAUCACGAGGUUCCAGCCGGGACCGUCAUCCCCAACUCCUGCAACUCAUGUGUCUGUGAAGGCGGAUUCUUUACCUGCACUAAUGAGUCAUGUGACGUGGACUGUGAGUGGAGCAGCUGGUCCUCUUGGAGCUCGUGUUCGGUGUCCUGUGGCUCUGGUCAACAGUUCUCCAGCCGGACGAUACACCGCCAGCGGCAGUAUGCAGGACAGGAGUGCGAGGGUCCCACACACACCUCACAGACCUGCAGGAGCCCCGAGUGUGAGUGUCCCGCCGGCGAGCGCUGGCUCUGGGCUGACUCUGGAUCAGAGCGAGUGUGUGAACGAGGCUGUCUGGAUCUCUAUUCUCCUGAACCGCUGAACUGCUCGGGCCCCGGGACCGCAGAGGGCUGUGUUUGUGAGGCGGGUCGAUACCGGAGCCUUGAGGGCCAGUGUGUGAUUCCUGCUCUGUGUGAAUGUGAAGAUGAAGACGGGACUCUUCAACAGCCGGGGUCAGAGUGGGUGGACGGCUGUCAAUCAUGUCGCUGCGUCAAUGGCCAGAAACACUGUCAAUCAAACUGUCCUCCGCUUCACUGCUCAGAGGGGGAAGUGAAGGUUCUGGAAGCGGGCGACUGCUGUCCGGUGUGCCGCAUGCAGUUUCCAGAGGAUCCUGUUGCUGAGUGCCGCCGCCACACUGAGGUCAGGAACAUCACCAAGGGCGACUGUCGCCUGGACAACGUGGAGGUCAGUUUCUGCAGAGGGCGCUGUUUAUCCAGGACCGACGUCAUUCUGGAGGAGCCGUACCUGCAGGCUUUCUGCGACUGCUGUAGUUACAAACUGGACCCACAGAACCCGGUGCGGUUCCUCAAUCUGCGGUGUGCCAGCGGAGAUCUGGAGCCCGUGGUUCUGCCCGUCAUCCACAGCUGCGAGUGUACCAGCUGCCAGGGCGGAGACCUGUCGAGACGCUGAAUGGCCACUGAUGAAUGGACAGAGAUGCUUCGUCCUCGUAUUCGUCCAGUGCUCUUUAUGUAGCUUGUCAUUAUAUGACUGGAUCUUUUCUAUUUAAUAAUUCCUGAAGCUCUACGAGAUCUAUUCUGUACAGCCUUUAAAUUAUGAUUGAUUUCUGUUCACUCUUUAAUAUUUUAUAUUAAGAAAUUGUAUGAAAAGCUUUGGAUUAGCUGUUGAUUCCUAAUUGUUAAUAUUUGCCAAAGACGGUCUUUUUUUCAGUUGACAUGACUUCUUUAAUAAAUAUUUGUAGUAAAUGUUUGUAUUAUAAAAGGCAAAUAUGUUGAAUUCUACUGUA